UGUGCAGAGAGAGAGAGAGAGAGAGAGAAGAAGGACAGAAAAAUCAGCCAGAAAGAUUCAGUGGCUGGAGAGAGAGUGGGGAGAGCAUGUUGCCAGUGGCUCUUCAGCAGCAGCCUUCCUGUUUCCAUCUUCUCUAACUGCACCCCAAAGCCUCAGUCUCUUCUGCAGCCAGGGACACUGAGAAGAACAAGGAAUUUUGAAAGAGGGGGGGAAAGAGCCUUCAGGAACCUGCAAAUCUCUCCCAUUCAUUUUUUCCUCCAGUUUUACCAUGAACCAGGCUCUUUCCUGUCUCUGAGGAGAAAUUAAAAAGCAGAAGGGGGAAUUCAGCAAUUCUUUGGUUGCUAAGUGUGAGUGACAACUGUUAAGCAUGGCCCAAGGAGCCACUGAUCAAAGUAAUGUGGAAACUGCUGACCCAGAGGAGAGUUCUCCAAAUAUGAUUGUUUACAGAAAGAUUGAAGAUAUAAUUACAAGAAUGCAGGAUGACAAAGCAGGUGGAGUUCCCAUCCGAACAGUCAAGAGCUUUCUGUCUAAAAUUCCCAGCGUUGUCACAGGUACUGACAUUGUGCAGUGGCUCAUGAGGAACCUCAGCAUUGAGGACCCAGUAGAAGCAAUACAUAUGGGAAGUCUUAUAGCAGCACAGGGCUAUAUCUUUCCAAUCUCAGACCAUGUUCUUACCCUGAAAGAUGAUGGGACCUUCUAUCGUUUUCAGGCCCCAUACUUUUGGCCUUCAAACUGCUGGGAACCAGAAAAUACAGACUAUGCCAUCUAUCUUUGCAAGCGGACCAUGCAGAACAAAGCUAGGCUGGAGCUGGCGGAUUAUGAAGCCGAAAACUUAGCAAGACUGCAGAGGGCUUUUGCAAGGAAGUGGGAAUUCAUCUUUAUGCAAGCAGAGGCCCAAGUGAAAAUUGACAGAAAAAAGGAUAAAACUGAAAGGAAAAUUUUGGACAGCCAAGAAAGAGCAUUUUGGGAUGUGCACAGGCCAGUGCCAGGCUGCGUGAACACAACAGAAAUGGACAUCAGAAAAUGUCGUCGUAUGAAAAACCCACAGAAGGUUAAAAAGUCAGUAUAUGGGGUUACAGAAGAUUCUCAGUCCCAAAGCCCUGUACAUAUGCCCUCCCAACCCAUACGAAAAACUACAAAAGAGGACUUCCGAAAACGAAUAACCUUUCUGAAUGUGCAGAUAGACAGACACUGUUUAAAAAUGUCCAAAGUAGCUGAAAGUUUAAUAACGUACUCAGACCAGUACAUUGAAUAUGAUCCAUUUAUAACACCUGCUGAACCUUCCAAUCCCUGGAUAAGCGAUGACGCUACUUUAUGGGACAUAGAAAUGAGCAAAGAGCCCAGCCAACAGCGUGUGAAAAGAUGGGGCUUCUCUAUAGAUGAGGUGCUGAAGGAUCCAGUGGGGCGAGACCUGUUCCUUCGUUUUCUGGAGUCCGAAUUCAGUUCAGAAAACCUCAGGUUUUGGUUGGCUGUCCAAGAUCUCAAAAGACAAUCUUUGCAGGAUGUCGCCACCAGAGUGGAGGAAAUCUGGCAAGAGUUUCUAUCUCCAGGGGCACAAAGCCCUAUCAACCUGGACUCUCACAGCUAUGAGAGAACAAGUCAAAAUGUCCAAGACCCGGGGAGAUACACUUUUGAAGACGCCCAGGAGCACAUUUACAAGCUGAUGAAGAGUGACAGCUACGCACGUUUCCUCCGUUCUAACACGUACCAAGACUUAUUGCUGGCGAAGAAGAAGCCAGAGAAUGAGCAAGGUCGUAGAACUUCUCUAGAAAAGUUCACUCGCAGUGUGGGAAAGUCUCUGGCAGGCAAGCGCCUCACAGGCCUGAUGCAAUCCUCCUGACAGCCUCAGCCGGACAAGCAGUUGCUGACAUCCCUGAAGGACAGCUGCACUCCACCUCCAUGGACGAGUUUCAUUUUGGGGAGAAUGGGUCACUGUGAGAGAGAGUGUGAAUGAGAGCAAGGGGAGACAAAGGAGCACAAGGUGGAGAGAUCAGCUCACCGGAGGUUUCUCUUUUCAUAGUUUACAUCAACACUUUCUUACUUGUACAGCUUUGUAAUGACAUUGAGUUCUAUAAAGGUACUUUGGUUCCUACUUGGUUUCAAAGGAUCACACUUCAUUGUAUACGAAAGGUCAACAAGGCAGAGGGCUUAGUAGCUUAUGAGGAAAGCAAUCAGUCCCAACCAUAACCUAGAGAAAGAAGAGCUGAGCAAGAUCAGUAUUUACCCUUCAUCUCUUCUCUCCCUGGCAAAUGCCACCACCAUCAUUGCCACUUGCUCUCUUUCUGGUGACCAUCCGGGUCCAAUAAAAUAUCUACCAGAAGCUGCUUCUCCAGCUCAAAAAAUGCCUAAUUCACGUCUGCUGUGGAUGGAAGCAAUUUCAUUGACUUUAUAUUUUUUUUGUUCCUUUCCUCUUUUCAACCAACAGUUGGAAAAGCACUUUUUAGCUCUUCACUUGCUGUCCUUCCAAGGGCAUGUAGCAUGUCCAAAGAUACAUGGCCAGAUCAUCAGCUGAAGUCAGUGCAGCUAGCUGAGGAUCUGGCCCAUACAGUCAGAUUCUGAGCUCUGUGUAAAUCCUCUGCCUUCAGCGGAGUUACUCUGCAUGUACAUUAGCGUGAUCAGCGUUUGCCCUGUGGUUACCAGGCAAUGUUUUAGAUGUAUAAUAUAUACACACAUAGUAAUGUUUUAUAUUGUAUUUGCUUUCCUUUUUAUUUUAAGAUUUUUUUUUACCUCCUUAUCAUUUUUUUCAAUUUAAUUGAAAAUAGCUUGACCUGAACCACUUUGGGAAAACGUCUAGCCACUCCAAACAGAGCAGGUCAAAAUCUGCACAUUUAUCCAGGUAAAGCUAAUUCGAUUGACUUCAGCCGGUCACUCAGGAUUUACAACGGAGGGAAGAAUUCAGAGAGGAGAGCGUUCCUGGUUCAGGUUACACAAGGGUGGAGCAGAAGCAUGCUGUGACUGGGGCAGGGAUUUGGAUACCAGAGAACACCUUUUGAACAGUAAUGUGCACUGCCCGGUCCUUUCUUUAAUUCUCAGAUAUGCCACUCCUCUGGGAUGUGCCAUUUCUAAUAACAUCAGAAAAAUGAGGACUGGCUGAACCUUUGUGUGAGACACCAGGCCCCGGAGUACAGCUUGAAAAAUGACCCAGAGGCUUCCCAAUACUGUUCUCAGGAGUCUCUGUAAGAGCUGAGACAUGUAUCUUGGGAGGGGGAGGAAGAGGAAAGAACUGAAGUAAAGUAAUUCAUUCAAUUCAUCUAAUAAUAAAACCCAGGUAGAGUAGUUGCAGAAGUAGAAAAUGACCUGUAGUCAGCUGCAGUAUAUUGUACAUAUACAAAACCUUAAAAAAAACCCCAAAUGUGGCUCAUUUAGUUAGUGUCACAAAAACUGCCUAAUGAGUAAUGAUAGUUUUAAGUUCAUGAACUAGCAAGUGGUUCAGAAUAAGUACCUGUCUAUUGCCUGUCUUCACUCACACACUAAGAUGUCUUUUGGUGCAGGUGGUAGAAACUUCUGAUAUAGGUUCCAAUCCAGCAUCCCUACUCAGGCAGAACUAGCUAGCUUAUCCAUUUAUCUAUCUAUAAUAUAUGUGUAAUGCUGACAGACCCCAAGCGUCAGCAGGCAGGAUUGAACCUGGGACCUCUGGAGCUAAACGCAUGAGUAUCUACCGUAUGAGCUAAAAGCCAAGUGUCUGUUAGCUAAAGCUGUAGAGCAGACUCGUUAAUCUCUCAGUGGUCUCGGUGCCACUAGAUGGGACAGAACCCCACACCCAGAAGGUGUGUGAGUUACAUGUGUACCUCAGCUGCACUAGUAUCUAACCUCUAUCCAUAUACAAAAUUAGGAUAACACAAUUUCUGUCAGAAAAAAAAGACCUCUCUCUCUUCUCCCUCCCCACUGAAAUGAAAUGCCCCACAAGGGCACUUUAUUGCUUCCAGGAAACUUGUGUUGUGUUUCAGGAUACAUCAAUGGAAGUGCUGCCUAAGUGAGUGCAGGAUCAGGCCCUUUGCCUGUAUGACUACGCAGUAGAGCUUUGAGGAGUGGUAUUUGUUAUCUUUUGCUUUAUUGCCAUAAAUAGUAUGUUAACCUAGAGCCUCAGACUAAACUCUUCCCUUUUGUACACCAAAACCACACUUGAGUCCCAGGAUUGCAGAACUGCUACCUCAGUGCAUGGGCACAUACAUGUUCAGAUGGUCUCAUGCCCUGAGGUGACAUUUGGUCACCCUCAAGAUCUUACUUUGUCCAUCCCCACUGGACAAGAUUUUCUGUCUUUCUUUUAUCCACCUAGCCUCUGGUAAUAAUGAGGCCUUCUGCACAACAGGCCCAGUUGGCUAUCAUACCUGCAGCCAUCCCCAAGAGUUUGAGAAUGUGAUGGCUGGCCUCCCAAAGAUAUUUUUUUUCUGUGUAAAACCCAUCAGUGGCACAUGUCACCCAAGUUUUAUAAGACAAUUCCUGCUUCCACCCCAGACUAUCUUACUGCUGCAUGAAUGCUGCUGCACAUCCUGUGGGCAGAGGUAUCUCAGCCCUGCCGCUUUCACUAAUAAGGAGAGUGUCUUAUGAAAUACCAAGUCAGGCUGCAUAGAGUGGUCUCAGGUAGGAUGUGUACAUGAAACGUAAAGCAUAUGGGUGUGUUCCGUGAGUUGCAGGCAGGUGGGCUGUGUGCACUCAAUGUUAGGGGAGGACUGUAGCUGCUGUCAUGCAGGUAUGAACACUUAUUCGUGCUGAGUUUCUAGCAGCAAACUGAGCCCUUGCUCCAUUCUGGAAUGCUGGGUUCUGGAAGAGUGUGAAGCUGGAGCAGCUGAGCAAAGGUGCUCUGAGCUAUUCUGUCCGCAAGGGACACGUGGAAGCAGAAUGCUUCAUGGUGCUGGUGAGGAGUGUGCUGUAUAGUGCUCCUCACCUGCUGGUGCUACUGCAUGCUGGCAGGUGUACAGGGAUGGGGGAAACCUGGCCAUCCUCCCAGCAAGGAGCACUGAUGUUAGGCUAUACCUUGGAUCUGUGACCUGGGAGAGUGGAAAGAGGCUUCCUGUUCCUUCUUUCCUCCCCCUCCUCCUUUUCUGUGUCAGAAAGGGCAAAAGUUAGUGAAUACUCUGUUUGUGGCUGUGCAGUGCAAAUAGUAUGCUGAGCAUAGAAGGAACUUUUACAGAGAGUGUGUAUGUGUAGAUAUAUAUAUAUAUAUAUAUACCCAAGGGGGCCUGGAUGUUGAACAACUUGCUAGUUAAGUGAACAUGCACGCAAUCUGAUCUGCUCAGCAAUGACUAGCGGAGCAGCCACAGCUGCAUUUUCUCUGGAGAUCAGAGAGCUUUGCACCUACUUGGUUUUCUGACUCAAUUUCUGUAAAAGCAAGACAGCAGCCAAGUCCUUCUGAGGACACAUACAGACUCCUCCGCAUUGGUGUCUCACUUUCUUUCAGCAUGAUAGUAUUUAUAUGCAACUACUUCUAUACGAACUGCAUUCUUGAAUUGUUUUUUAAUGCCUUUAUACAUACCAUGUGAUGCUACUCUUGUCUGCUCAACAGGGUCCCAUUGGGUAUCGCAGCAGCAAUCCUGCUAUGUUACAGUGUGUCUGGUGUGUGCCAACUACCUCACCAUUCUGAAGAUGAGUUAGGAAAGCAGUUUUCCACCCCCACGCAUGCUCUAAAUGACGUUGUUUCAGGGAAAGGCCUUAUGCCAACUAGCAAGGUGGAGGGCUUCUAAAAUCUCAGUAGCAUGGAAGCUGUUUAUAAAGCUUCCCAUUACCACAAGGCUACUGCUGUGAAAUACGGCUGUAAAGAUGUCUUUGGAUAACACAGGUGCUACUGGAUAUUGCAGUAGCGUAGUAUCAGAACAAGGCAGUAAGACAGUUCCACACGACAGUACAGCCAAAUGUUAGACUAAGACAAUAAUAAGAUACCCAAGGCUCGUGCAGCAAAGUACUCUCCGUAUAAAAGGUACCACGGAAUCCUGCAGUAAAGUGGUAUCUGGACAAUGCAACCAUAAGAUGUCACAGCAUUCCAGUAUAUCAUAAUACCAGGAUAAAUGUAGCAAUAAGGCAACACAGGAUACUGAAGUAAGAUAGUAUUAGGAUAAUGCAUCAAUAAGGCACCAUUGGGAUGCUUCAGUAAAUGAGUUUGGGGAUAAUGCAGUGAUAGUGCCUGCCAGGAAACUGUGAUACAUUAGGAGCAGGGUAGUCCAGCACUACGGUACCACAGCUUGCCGCAGUAAUAAGGUGCUGCAGUAAGUAAUAUUCAGAUGAAGCCAUAGGAGGAUGCUGCAGUUAAAUGAUAUCAGACUGCGAAGAUGCGGCAGUCAAAUACCACAAGAUACUGUCAAUGGACAAUGGAGACAAAAUUAUGCUUCCACUCCAGGCUACGAAAAAGUUGCGGCAAGGUAACCAAAAAUGUUUUAGUACGCGCUACACUUCAUCAUUUGUCAGUUUACUUUCAAGGAAGCUGGGGUAGUCGGACUCCAGCACAGCGCUCCCUGCUAUUGUCUGAGAUAGGGUGACCAGAUCGCAAGAGUGAAAUAUCAGGACACAUUGGGCGAGCGGUGGGGGGGGUGGGGGGGAGAGAUAGACACAGGUGCACAGCCCCGACCGGAGCCAUGAGAGGGGGCACAUGGGGUAGGCCCAUGCUGCGCUACACAGCUCCCCUGCCUAGCACUCCCUGGAUCCACUAUGCCCAGAUUCCCGCCCCCACCACAACCCUUUCAUCACAAAUGCACAGUGCUGUGCACACACACCCCUGCCCAGCGCCCCCCUGCCCAUAGCCCCACCACAGCUGCCCAGCACCCCACACAGAACCCCCCACUCGC